AUGGCUCAUGAUUCAUUAGACGCUACCGAACGCUUCAAGAUCCCUUCAUCAGAUCGCCUCCAUAAACCAAGGAAGCACGCACGCUCAACACAUUUUGAUCAGCAACAAGAAACAACAACUUGGAGCAAAGGCUGUCUAAAGAUAACAACUGUACCAUUCUCCAGCACAAAGAACAUUCGACCUGAGUGGAGAAAACAGUUAGAGAGGUUGGUAGCAGAGAUCAGCCAAAUGAGCCCCGAACAGAAAGAUUUCCCUGAGAACAAAGCUUUGGUCGAAAGCUUGAAACUUAUCGAAGAAUUGGAGCACCAAAACGCAUCGCUAGAGCAGCAUCUAAGGGAUCUUCAGCAACAGUAG